AUGGGGCGGGCUCCGGUUCUGCUGGUGAAAGAGAUUUACUAUCCGAUUCUGGCGAUUAUCGGUGUUCCUGCAAACCUGUUGACAAUCGUAAUUCUCUCUCGAGGAAAGUGCGGCCUCGCUAAGUGCAGCUCUCUCUACAUGGUGGGCAUGGCUUCGGCUGAUCUUCUCGUCAUGGUCUUCAAUGUGAUGGUGUGUUAUAUUUUCACCUACCACUUCCCACAUUCCUUCCUGACAAUCUACCCCCUGUGUAAGUUCAUCAUAUACAUGUCCACGGUCACUCUGGACCUGUCAGUUUGGUUCACCCUCUCCUUCACGUUCGACAGAUGUGUAGCAAUCUGCUCUCGGAAGUUACAACCCAUGUAUUGCACCGGGAGAACGGCGACUGUGGUACUAACGACGCUCGCCCUUCUGAUCGUAUCCAAAAACAUCCCUUUUUUGUUUGCAUACGAGCCCAUGCACGUUGUUGACGGGGUGCAGUGGGACUGCAGGGUAAAUAUACCUUUCUUUACCUCGCCCGCGGGCGUGGGUUUUCUCAAGUUUCACGCCGUCUGUGUGGGCGCUCUUCCUUUCGCGUUCAUGUUCGUGUUUAACUCAGUGACAGCCACGCGUAUUUUAGCCGCCAGUCGAGCUCGCCGCGCGCUGCGGCGUAACAUAAACGACAAACAAUCCGACCCGGAGGUGGCGAACAGAAGAAAGUCCGUUAUUUUGGUAUUCACCAUCUCCGGCAGUUUCGUGCUGUUGUGGAUUACAGCGGGCGUGACUUUUGCAGUCACUGGGCUGACAAACGCUAAUCGUUUCCGCGGUGACCUUAACGACCCAGCCUAUGUUGCCACGGAAGUUGGAGCUAUGUUAAAGUACAUGAGCUCCUGUUCAAACACUUGCAUUUACGCUCUGACCCAGAGCAAAUUCAGAGAACAAUUGAAGGAUGCGGUAACAUCGCACUGGAGGUUAUUCCACGGCUCGGGUAGAAACUGA